ACACCCGUCCACGAUUUAGUUACUCCAUAUAUCUCUACCUGGACCACAAGAUAUAAUAAAUCCCCCAAAUGCACUCUACCUACUCUUUGACGAAAAAAAGUUAAAAAAAAGAUACAAACUUGUUGGCUUUUUGCUUUUUGUCACAACUUGAAAAAGUCUAACAGUUCAAUCGCUGACUCCUCACGGAACGCGUACCAAGUUCGGUAAUGUGCAAGAAUUAAUUUUUGUUUGCUUUUGAGUGAAUCAUAAAGUGAUUUUAAAUUUAAAUUAUGUUCGUUUUUAAAUACGUUAUGCUUGCCUUAACCUUGGUGAUAUGGUUCACAGGCGCGUCUUCGGUCGAUUAUGAUUAUGAAGACAUGCAAGGAGAUCGUGAAAAGCGUACGUUGGUUUUGGGAGUUCUUUUUAAGAAACUACUUCUGCAACAAGCUUUGGCUAGAAAUAAUAUGAGGAUGAUGAAUACCACAACAAUGAUGCCUCCACCAGAAAUGAUGGGAGCCUCAAAUUCAAGUCCUUCUCCAGCACCACCACCACCACCGCCAUCUCCUCCGCAAUCACCACCUCAACCUCCGCAAGCUCCUGAGUCUACAUCUCAAGAACCUCCUCCACCAGCGGUAUCCAUGCCUCAAGGAAUCCGAAAUCCUCAAGCUGUUCCUCAAGGACCUGCACCUUCACAUGGAUUUCCACAACAGCAACAAGGCCCACCUACCCAAGGGUUUCCUUCACUUAAUGUAUUCCACCCCUCUCAACAACAAUUAUUAUUCCCUCCAAACUAUCCUUUCGGAGUGCAAAGGUUCCGCCAGCUGCCUUUUGGACCUGCUCCUCCAUUAGGAGCACAGGCUGGACCACAGAGAAUACCUAAUUAUGUUCCUUUCACCUUUCAAAAUGGAUAUUUUCAAAACAUAGCACCGCGGCCUUCGUUCCAACAACUCAUCGGCACACCAGGUUCUCCUCCUCAGUCGGCUUCCCAAGUAGCGACGGAAGCGGCACCAGUGCCUCAAAACUCACAGCCUGCACCUCCCCAGCAAAUUCCUUCUGACAACGGACCACCACAAGAUCAAACACCACCUGAACAGGCACCCCCCUCAGCACCAGGUCCAUCUGGACCAGGAGGACCCACACAAGAAACUCAGCCAAGUCCUAGUUCCCAAGAUGUACAGCCAGGUCAGACUGGACCCACUUCACCUGAACUACAGAGUCCGACAGGUCCAGGCAGUGACACCACACAAGGGUCGCCACCUAACCCACCUCCCGGAGCUGCAGAACAGCAAGCAACAAAUCCACCUGAACCUCAGCAACCGCAACUUCCUGCAGGCGAAGGAAAUGUUCCACAACAGCAGAACUUCCAAUUCGGAGGCGGAUCACUUCCAAACUUUUCUUUUGGUCCACGACAAGGCACAGACCCAUCCAAUGGACAGGAAGCGCAAGCACCGCCAUCGCCACCAGCACAGCAAGGACCAGACGCAAACUUCUCUCCCCAACCCCAAUCAUUGGAUAACAAUUUCCAGCAGCAAUUCGACCCUCAGUUACAGCUGCAAUUAUCCAGCAAUGGGCUUUCACCAGCAGAUCCUAACAAUAACCCACAAAACUUUGCAUCAUCCAAUGGAUCACCGCAAUCUGGUCAACCUGACAAUAGCUUUUUUGAUUUGCGGCAGUUUGCUGGUGCCGACAACAGUGUUUUUGAUUUUCCUCAAGAAGGUGGCACUCCAUCAAAUGGUAAUCCUCAACAGCAACAACCGCAACAGCAAAUUCAAUCAGAAUCUUUUCAAAAUGGACUGUUUGCGCCCAGUGGAGCAGGACAAUUUAGCUCUGUCAACGAUCCAAGAACAAAUUUUGCUUUUAGAGGGCAACAGCUUGACUUUUCAUCGCCAUUUCAAGAUUCCGGUAAUUUCCAGAGGAAUUUCUUUCAACAAAAUUUAUUCUAGAACAUUUUCAAACAUUUCUUUGGAUUUUUUUCUUUGAGUCUUUUAUUUUGAAUUUUGAACUUUUGUACUUUUAUAAAUAAACAUUUUUUGAGAAUCAUA